AGUCUCCUGAUGCUCAUGGACAGCCCACUGAAUCGGGCUGGUCUCCUGCAGGUUUAUAUCCAUACCCAGAAGAAUGUUCUAAUUGAAGUCAAUCCCCAAACCAGAAUCCCAAGAACUUUUGAUCGAUUCUGUGGUCUUAUGGUUCAGUUGCUGCAUAAACUCAGCGUUCGAGCAGCUGAUGGGCCUCAGAAAUUGUUGAAGGUGAUUAAAAAUCCAGUGAGUGAUCAUCUCCCUGUGGGCUGUAUGAAGAUAGGUACCUCUUUUGCAGUUCCAAAGGUGUCAGAUCUGCGUGAACUAGUUCCUACAGCAGAGCCAGUUGCCGUUGUUGUGGGAGCUUUUGCCCAUGGUUCCGUAAGUGCAUCUAUCCCUGAUUUAGGGUUGUAA